AUGAUGUCCUCACUGCCAUCCAUCCUGUCCACCGACAGCAACGACUUCGAAGCUGCGGGAGCUGCCUACGCACAAGCUGGUCCAUCUCGCUCCAGCUUGCCACGCAUGCAUAUGCACAUGCCACUCGACGAUCAUUCCCGCGCUUCCAUCUUUCAGUCCGACCAGUCGUACGAGGAGCAGCUAGACCAGCAUCGCAGCGCCAGGCAGCCGCAGCCGCCGCCCAAGAUAUCCAAGCGCAUCAACAAGCGCUUGCAACUCGCAGCCGCACUCAUCGAAGCUGACAAUGACGACAUCGAGGAGCGCAAUCUUGCACACCAAGCGUCGCUGCUGCGCGCCAGGCAACAGCAGCAGCAGCAGCAAGCGGACCCCGACGCACCAGGUCCUGCUCCCCUUCCUCAACCAAAGCUGGCCAGUCAGAGCGUCAUCUUUGCGCCUUUUAGAGAUGAGCCGCAGCAUUCGGCUGCAUCAGCGCAUACACGUCGAAGAACGGCAAGCAAUGCCAGCAGGCUCAGUCGACUCAGUGGGGGCGUGACUGCCAACGAAGAGGGGCGCAGACCGAGCAUCGACUUUUUGGGCGUCAAGCUGCCGACGGACAAGAAGAAUCCCCGCACAUCGUCCAUGGGCAGUCGACCAGCAAGCGCAGCCGGCUUCUCCCGUCACUCUCGAGCAAAUAGCCUGAUGAGCGCCACUGGCCCUUUGCGCCCAGGCGAUACUGUGUGGGGUGGUCCAGCUGGCGAUGGCAGCAGGCCCGGCAGCGCUCUGUCGCACUCGAGGCAUGGCUCGCUACACACCAUGGCAGCUGCGGCUGCUUCUGAAGGGGGUGAAAGCGAGGCGGGAUCGGAAGAGGCGCUCAGUGAAUGGGGAGUGGACAAAUUCCUAUCCAAAGAUGCUAGGGAGAAGCUCAGUGCGGGUCGCAGGAGUCGCGCCAACAGCACCGUCGGCAUCACCACUGUCCCCGCUUCCGCUUCAAGACCUGCGUCGGUCAUCAGCGUGAGCGCUCCCGCGCGUCCACAGAGCAUGAUUCGCACGCAUUCCGAGAUAGGUACUGGAGCUACGGGGAUCCCAAAUGGACCAGACGGGUCGGUCUCUGCAGCUCAAGCGCAGCUUCUAGCACGAAUCAAGAUGUAUCGAGAAAGGCAGGAGAAUCUGCCCCCCAGCGAAUGGUCCGGUCCGGGACCUGCUGCCGAUGCCACCGAGGUUGCCAAGCAUCUCGCCAUCGAUGAACACUCAACACCUGCGGCUGCACGACCGGACAGCAGCGCGGCAGCCCUGGCAGCGAGCAAGCGCAGCUUAGCGUUUCCAUCUGCAGAUGGGGAGACCCACGACGUUGCGAAAGCCCAGCGCAGCCCGAUUCAGAACGUUGUGGCGUCCAUCUUUGGGGUUCCCCCACCGCGUUUCAGCAGCACCGGAGGCCUCGACGCUUUGAGCCGGGACGCGUCUGCCGGCGGUGCUGGCUUGAUCGGGCUAGACGGGACAGGCACAAGCACUUCUGCGGCGGCAAACGAGUCCCAACUAUCAGCAGACAUCAGACCCGUCACGCAUCUUCGCAGCGCCACCGUCGAGAGUACCAACACUGUAGCCUCGGCGAUGAGCUUGCAGCGUCGAGACAGCUCCAUGGGAAUCUUUGGUGAGAGCUGGUCAGACCAGGAGGACGAGGAUGAGGUGCCUAGCACCGAGCUCCAAGAUCAGACCAUUACGCGGUCUGCUUCUCAAGGCGAUACUACGGUUCGUAGAGACCACGUCAAUCAAAGCUCACGAACACAGGACGCCGAAGAGAUUGGCAAUCUGCAGGGACCCUUCGCGGAACCCAGUGUGGUGGUCGACUCGAUCGAAGAAUCUGUGCCAAGUGACAUGGCGGGUGUCGGGUCCUUCUCUCGAGGUCAGUCGAGGCGCAAUUCCCUCAUGACUGGCGCACCUGGCAUGCUGUGGGCAGACACUGCGAACGAGGCGCCUUCUCUGCGGCCAGGCGAGAUGUUGCAUUCAAGUCGUCCAGGCACUCCUGGCGGACUUGGCAGUAGCCGAGGUUCAGGACAAGCCACGCCCAUCCUUGGUGAAGGCGCUUCGCUUCCCCUCGACCCCUAUGCCAGCAUGUCCAUAGGCCCUAGCCCGUAUCCUGCUGCACAUAGAGCAUCGCCUGCUGCGCGGCUCUUGGAGCUUGGUAGCGACCCUUAUGCUGUCGCGGAAAGGUUGGGGCCCUACCCUCGAGGUAUCGCUCAGUCGACGCCAGAGUCCCUGGCCCCUACUUCUAAAGCGCGUAGAAAGUCAGCAGCCACGACCAACAUGUCGACUAAGCAGCUACAACAAAUGGCGCGCCAAUCAGCGUUUGGCGGGUACUACGGCAUUGGAUCGCCAGGAGAUAGUCCACCACUCCAGGCCGCUGAUGACGCGGAGCUCCUCAGCGCCGCUGGCUUGGAUCCACUCAGCGCCAUUGCGGAGCCACGCUUGUUGGAUGCAGGAGUCGGAGAGGCGAGCCAGGAGUAUGCAGCUUUGGCCGAGCAUUUAGCCGAACAUGACCGCCGGGAAGCCUCAGCAUCUAACGAUGUCCCUAAUCCCAAACCUCGACCGUUUUCAAGCUUUUUUGGAACAGCAUCAACGAAUGACAAGCGUGCAAGCAACGCAGGACCUUCCAUUCUUGCGACCGCUGCGGCCCUGCGCGCCUCGGCCGUGCCGGAUCUCUCGUCUGUCCGGUGGGGUACCAAAAGGCGUACAGCUGCGCCUGCCACCACAGUCGAACCGCCCUCCACGGAUUACGCAGACCACGCAAAGGAGGACCCUUUGUCGGCCGCUGGGAAAGCUGCCAGGGGCAAUUCUAGAAGCCUGUUCAAUCCCAUCAGCACUUUAAUGGGCUCGGGCAGCAACGCUCUCAUCGAGAAGCUGCAAAAAGCGGCCGAUGAGCAGCAGCGCCACCAGCAAGCUGCACCACUCGUAACAGAGGUGGAUGAUAGCGAGUUCAGUCCUCCUGUCAAGGGUCCUCUGAGACCUCGCGGCCUCGAAGCUCGCAUCCCCAGCGAUCUGGUGAUGCCCACGCCCCUCGAGGGCAGUCCUUACGCUCCAAGAAUCAGGCUCACAGAUGCGCAUGGCCGCGACAUCCGCGAGCUGCGGGCAAGUCUCGCUCAAAGAAGUGGCAAAAAGACGGGCCUGUAUGUACCUGAAGGCUUCGUGCUGCACGACGGCAGAGGUCUGCCACCUGUAAAGCAGCUGACAAUUGGAGCAAGCGGAGCGCCGAAGUUGGCAUUCAUGGAGGGCGAUGGAAAUCAGAAGCACGAUACCGUCAUGGCAGCCCUACUCGCCGACAGCCGUCGAACUAUCAAUGUGCCCGCAGCUGCACCUGCCGGCAUUGGACGCCGAGCGGCUGCGCCUUCGACUGCUCUGUUCCGAAACCAGCUAGUCCAACACGACGAUGAGCGCACUGGUUGGGGUUGGGAGGCUGGCACGCAGACUGGCGAAGUGGGCAAUGCUAGCUCUUCUGAGGACGGGAACGUUCCUCUUGCGGACCUCAAGAAGCUCACACGUGCAGCAAAGCGAGCAGCUCGCAAGACAGAGAAGGAACGUCGGAAGCGCAAAAAAGCGAGAGCAGAGCGGAGGCGCAAACGAAGAAUUGCCGAGACCAGUGGCACUUCAUACGAAGCUCUCGGCGUCGAAAGUGACAGCCCUGCCGAAGAUCUUGAUCUGUCCGAAGAUUCAGAACCGGAGGAUGACCUUGCUGAAGACGAGGAAUCUGCAAGCGAAGACAGCUUCAAUUCUGAGGAUGAGAAGCGUUGGGUCGACGACAAGAAACCGGCCGGCAAAUUGUUCGGCAAGAGUCUGAUUGAUGUUGCCGACGAGCGUCGACAGAACCUCGUGUCGAAAAAUCGUGCCUAUGGCCAUAUCGAAGCCGAAGAGAUCCGCAAAUUUGAGGCGUUGGAAGCAGCUGGAAUGGAUGCCGAUGGUGACGCUCGUUCGAUCGCGCCCAGCACCGCUGCAAAGACCUUUCGAGACAACCCGUUGGGAUACAACGACACGCGAGAACGCAUGCAGGCAGCGUUUGGUAAAGACGCCCUUUGGGAGCGCGAGAUGGCAGUCCGUCGAGAAGAAGAAGCUCGAGAGGCUGCAGAGCGUGAAGUCAAGAGACUUGCCGAACUCGAAUACCGCAAGGGGGAGGCGGAACGGGCAAUGCACAAGCUCAAAGGCAAGAAGGGAAAGAAGAAUCAAGCCAAGUAUGAAGCCGCAGCGCUCGAAUUUGCUAGAUUGCACAAGGAAAUCAAUGGACGAGAGGCUAGCUUUGUCUCACGCAACCCCGAGAGUGCUUCCAUUGCUCCGACUGUGGAGGAUGAGCAAGACCAGGGAAUUGCUCAGACUGAAGAAGAUGAAAUGCCUGCCCGUAGCCGUACCCCUAUCGAGCCGCCAAAAUUGGAUCUGUCUUUGCUCAGCGAGAAUGCUGCCGGAGGAAUCUCGUCUCUUGCCGCACAAACUAAGCGCAAAGGUGUAUCGGAAGCUGCUGCGGAAUGGUUCGCUCGCGAAUCCGACGAGGAUUUGUCAGAGCAGGAUACUUCUGAGGAUGAGGCGGAGAAGCGGAAACAAGCACUUGAAAGAGCGCGCAAAGCACAUACGCAGAACAGCGCAAGUGUGAGUUUUGCCGCGGCACUCAAUUUGCCGAGAGUAAGGGUUCAAGAUGAGAAUGGGAGUGAUAGCGAGGCUUCUGAAAACGACAGCAGCAGCGAAGACAAUAUCCCUCUAUCUCAAUUGCGCAAGAAAGCUUCCCCUCGCGUUGGAUCCAGUACAUCAUUCGGCAACGUUGCUGGCGGUCCCCCUCGUAUCGGUGCGGAUGACGAGUCAUCGGAGGAAGAAAUGCCUUUGGCGGCUAUCGUUGCGAAACGCAAGACGCGCCAGAGCUUGGCCGGAAAGCUUGACAUCGACUUUAUGGGGGCUAGUUCUCUUGACGCCAGCGCAACAGCAAGGAGUAGCAUGCCUGCCGCCUCCUCUAGAAGCAGUGCUCUCGGGCCGCCUAUAGGUCUCCCUGCUCUACAAAGGGCGGCACCACACACAUCGCAGCAUGAAGACGAUGACUCAGACGACGAUGCUCCAUUGGGUGUCAAGCAUGGGAAUGGGCUAGCCGCGCUCGCCGAGUUGACCAAGAAAGAAGCGCAGCUCAAACAAGCUCGAGAGAAGGUGGCGGACCUUCAAGAUGCAGCUGCCGCCCAAAUCAAUGACAGCGAUGACGACGAUCGUCCUCUGGGCGUUGCGCAUCCUCAGGCGGCAAUCAUAGCCGAGCAGAGGGCCUUGAUUGAGAAGCUACAGGCAGAAGCUGCGGAAGCGAGAGCCAAGAUUGCAGCUACAGAAAGUCCUUUCGGGGUCGGUCCUCCAUAUGGAUUCAAUUCGCGCAUGUCAAUGAUGCCUGGUGCAGGACCUUUCGGGCAGCCUAGUAUCGCACCGGGUCACAUGAGCAUGAUUGGCAUGCCUAGCUUUGGUCCAAGCACAUCCUUUGGAGGUGGUAUGUUCCCGCAAUCUCCUGGACCUAACAACAUUGGCGUGCCCAUAGGUAUGGAUCCGACUACACUGCCACCCGGCGUGGGACUUGGACCGGAUCCGAAAGCGACCUCAAUCGAUCGAUGGCGCUCGCAGGUUCCCAUCGACCCGCAGCCAUCCACAAGCAGCAACUCAAAGUAG